UGAAACGACACCGCCCGGGCUGUUCAUUUUGCAUAUUUGGCCAGCUCGAGCAUGAAGACGACGUUGGGCCUCCUCGCCACGAGCCUCCUUGGCGCCGCGUAUGGCCAAAGCGACUGGACCAUGACGUCCGUGCGCUCGAUCCAAGCCCGCGUCGUCUCGAUCGUGCCGGUCUGGGACGAGACCAACCAGGCGUGGGUCUCGGCAAAGUACAACACCGACAUCAAGACGUUCGCCGAUCAAUAUCGCGCGACGCUCGACACGGUCAACACGGCGUCGGUCGAAGGCGCGCUCAUGUACGUGCAGUCGGAAGGCAUCGACCAGGGCAUCGUGCCCGGCUGCCUCCGGAAGACCAACAUGAGCUACGUGUGGUUCUUUGACCUGCACAUUGUGCAGCCGACGUAUGCGAUCGCGCAGUAUGGGACCGACACGUCCAUAUACCCUGAGUACUGCCCGUUCUUGGCGAUGGACAAUGGCAUGUGCACGCCGACGUCCGGCACAACACUGCCCAAGGCGUGUCUCCAGCUCUUUGGCGGCAACGGCCAGCCCAACAUUGGGCCGUGCAUUGGCGGCGAAAACCGCAUCGACAACCCGAAAGCGCCGUACCCUGACAACGUCUGGUUUUCGUUUCCCGGCAGCUGCAUGACGCAGUCGUUCACGGCCAAGACCGACGCGUGCCGCGCGAUCCAGAAAGGCGGCGAGUGCCCCUUUGGUGUCCUUCCCGACGGCGUCAAGUGCACGUAUUCGCACUCGGUCCUGGGCUACAUCAGCCUCGACGAUCUUGUCGGCAUCACGAGCCUCACCAACCCGCAGACCGGCAAGCCGUACACGAGUCGGAAUGAGUUUUGUCUCGCGGGCGAGGUCGAGUACAACUCGGUGAGCGGCAAGCACCUUCCGUUCUGGAGCGACCUCUUGGACCCAAGCGCCAACUCGGCCCGCAGCCAGGCCAUGAUCGACCUCUACGCCUCCGUGGUCGCGGACCCGGUGAAGGGCGCCAACAUGAAGCCGCUGCCCUCCAUUGCGUCGCUCCAGUCGGCCAACCCGCCGUGCUACCUCAACAACCCGCGCUGUUCGUCGGCGCAAUAUGGCUGCCGUCGCCGCCUCCUCGCCCAAGUGUGCACGGUGUGCACAGCGCCUGCCGCCGACUGCGUCGUGCGCCCCGUUGGCGUCGCGCCCUUUCCGACGCUGCAAAAGGCGACAAGUACCGCAGCUGGGUCGGCCACCGGCGGCGUGGGCGACGGCAACGCCGCGUCGACAACGUCCCUCGCCGCGUCCGUCGGCAUCCUCUCGCUUCUCGCCCUCGUGCGCUACUAGGCGGCUGCAUUUUCUUGAUUUCGCAUAAAUAAUUCAUCAACGUCGACUUGACUACGGCUCGCUGCUGUCGUGAGGUCGCGGCGACUCAAACUCAAACCCGCUUUGAAUUGUGGGCAAGAUCGGGAGCGUCUUGAGCGUCGAUCGUCGGUGCUUCUUCUGCGGCGUGAGCACCUUCUCGAGCUCGUCGGGCUUGUCGUCGACUUGCUUG